CGAUCCAAGUGAUUCCAGUUUAGAUUCUAUAUUGUACUGUACGUUAGAAACAUGGGGYUAUAGUCUCCCGUUGAUUAUGUUAGGGGCUUCUUUUGURAUCGAGUUUAUAAGAAGAAGCAAUAGCACGUCCAAGGACUUUCGCAACGAUGAAGAUAUCAAAGGCUUUACUUCGAGACAUCGGUAGUCUCAUUCAAAGAUACAGUCGCUACCAACAAUCAAUUUUAUCCAUCGAACAAUACACAUCUUUCGGUAGAAAAGCCAAACCCCUUGAUUCUUACAGGUUCGGCAAGAGUGAAUUACCAAUACGAUUGGCACACAUUAUCAGGGAAAUUGAUCUUUUGCCCAAAAAUCUGCUUAAAACUCCAUCAGUACAGUUAGUAAGAAGCUGGUAUGUUCAAAGUUUUUCUGAACUUGUUGAAUUUGAAGAUGAACACGAUGAUGAUGAAACAGCUAACAGGUUUACAGAUAUGUUGGCCUCUAUCAAGCAAAGACACAAUAAUGUAGUUGAAACUAUGGCACAGGGUAUUGUUGAGCUAAGAAAUAAAGGUGGCAAAGAUGCUCUUCAUCCUUCAAUACAAUAUUUCCUUGAUCGCUUUUACAUGAACAGAAUUGGAAUUCGAAUACUUAUCACUCAACACUUGAUGUUGUUUGGUCAUGAAGGAGCAGUGAGUUCUAAAAGUAAUUUUAUUGGAGCAUUUCAGAAUGACUGCAAUGUUGCUUCUAUUGUUGAAGAUGCUGGAGAAAAUGCAAGUUACUUGUGUGAUCAAUAUUACUGUGCCUCACCUGAAAUAGAAAUAAAACAGUACAAUGCACUUGACCCAAAAGCCACAGUUACAUUUCCUUAUUUACCAGCACAUCUCUACCACAUGUUAUUUGAACUUUUAAAGAAUGCAAUGAGAGCUGUCACAGAAAACUUCCCAACCAGUGUUGAAAUGCCACCAAUACAAGUGAUGAUCACAAAAGGAAAAGAAGAUAUGACCAUCAAGAUAUCUGACCGUGGUGGUGGCAUUGCUAAAAAUAAAAUAGAUGAAGUAUUUGAGUACCACUACUCCACCGCUCCAGAACCCACAACAUCAGGGCAUGUGGCCCCCCUGGCUGGAUAUGGUUAUGGUCUUCCUCUAUCAAGACUUUAUGCUAAAUACUUUGAUGGUGACUUGCAACUGUACUCCAUGGAAGGCUAUGGAACUGAUGCUAUCAUUUGGCUAAAGGCUUUCUCACGAGACGCAAGUGAAGUGUUACCAAUCUACAACACUCGCACUCCUAAGAACUACGAAGAAGUGAGAGCCUCUUACAAUUACGCACGUGACUGGAGCUCAUCGAAGUUCUACGGCGGUGUGGGAACUCAUAGAUUCCUUUCAACRUUUAACACCAGACGRUCUAUYGGGAAUAGACGGAAAUGAUAGUUCUAGCGCCGUUUUUAUUGUAUUACUUUUUGUACAUAUAUUAUAAUUAUUAUCUAAAACGUUGUCGUUACAACACAAAAUUCCAUUUUUUAAAAAACGAUCUGUAAAAACUACUGUUUUUCGUGCUGUUAUUAAGUUUAUUGUUUACGAUGGACUWAGUUGACAACACGAAAAUCUUAGAACUAAAAUUAAAGAUGCUCGAAACUCAAGAAACCCAUGGUAACGAAAACACGAGUAAUUUUUUUUAGCAAACAUUUUACAAGUGUAUUUUUUUAUAGAGCGAAGUCCUUAGACCCGUGAAACAAAGUCUGACCAUUAAGGUGUGAGAGUCGUUGAUUAGUKUAAUAUCUGUUUCACGGGUUUUGUGACUUCGCUCUAUUCUCUAGKGAGGAGUUGCUACUCUUAAAUUAAAAAAUAUAAUAUAUUUAAUUGGUCAACGGAAAAAGGGCAUGGAAGCAUUUUAUCAUUUAAAUGAUUUUUAAUCGUUGCGGUUUACAUGUAACAUUUGAAACCCUAAACCCCACUUUCUAAGUCGUUAGAUAAAUCUAUAAACAGAUUUCCGUGAAAUACUGGUGGUUUUCAUUAACCCGUGAAACAURGUGCAAUACGUAGCCCAAGUGUAGUAUAGUGUAAUACGAAGAAAGAUGUGCAUACAUUCAGAGUGAACUAAAUCAUACUAAUCUAUCAAACUUUUAUAGUCAAUUUUGUUUCACGGGUUGUCGACUAUAUUUCAUGUGUUAAUGAAAACUACUCUARAUAUAAGUUAACAUGUAAUGCUCCAAUUGAUCCAAAGAAAAUAAGUCAGAAAUAAAGUCUGAAAACACAAAAAGCGUGAAACAGCAUUAACCAUAUAGUGCUAAAUGGUGUUGAUUAUUCAGCGUCACUUAUAUAUUUGACAUGGACGAUAAAUAUCAUGUUUUAUUGUAUUUUUACAAGAGUGAAGUAAGAAAAACCGCGAAGUACACUAAUAUACCUWAGUACGCCCUAA